AUGUCGAGUAUGGAAGAAGAUCAGUUCAGCGAAGAUUCUCUAAUUGAUGAGAGCCAAAAAAUUGAUCAAAUUUUAGAAAUUGAGUCGAAAAUUCCGGAUAUUCUUUCUUACGCCAGUAAUUGCAUUGAUGCAAUCGAAACAAAAGAAUCCAUUGAAGAAUUCAAUAAAAGUGCAAAGUCUUUCUAUCAAACAUUGGAAUAUGUGUCUACGGGCCUUAGAAAGCAAGUACUAGAUCUUGAAAAAGCAGAGGUUCCAUUGGUAUCUCUUCAGCCGAGAAAGCAUUAUGUGACAGAACCUCUUACUGGAAUGGUUUUUGACGAAGCAAAUCGACUGUUAUGA